CGCGCCUUGACAAAGCUGCGCAAAGAUUGCAAGAUUCGCAGAACACUCACCGAAGCCAAACAUCGAGGUUGUCGCUGCCAGAAACAGCCACCAUGGAGGAAACCCUCGAGCAAAUCCAGGAACGACACAGAAAGGAGCAGCGGGACCUCCAAUCACGCAUCACCAACAAGAAGAAGAACGCGACCAAGAAGACGCGCAAGUUUGUAAACGAGGAGUGCGACAGGCUCGAGCGCGAGCUCAAGGAACGGCAGGAUGAAGAACUGCGCAAGUUCAGGGGUGAAGCGGACGGGCCAGAAGAUCUUCUUGAUGGCAGCAACGACGACGAUGAGCAAUCACAGGAACACCAAACACAACCUCCAAGGCCUCCAAUAGCCACAGCCGACGAUCUCUCCAACAAACUCGAAUCCACCACACUCACUUCCCUCCAAGAGACACCACAAUCACAGUCUCCGCCGUCCCAGCAACAACAACAACAAAAACAACAACAACAACAGCCAAGACAAAAACGAAACCGCCAAAAAGAACGCCUCGCCCGCCGCGCAGCGGAGCAGGAAGCCGCCGCGGCCGCCGCCGCCGCCGAAGCGGCCUCGAUGCCCGACCGCCGCGAGCUCGAGCGGCGGGCGAUGCAGAAGGAAUUUGCCGCGCACGCCCUCCGCGAGCACGAGAUCGCGCCCGACGGGCACUGCCUCUUCUCGGCCGUCGCGGACCAGCUGCAGGCCAACGACAUCCCCCUGACGGCCGGGAGGACGACGACGACGACGACGACGGCGGCGGCGGCGGCGGCGGCGGAGGUCGUCCAAGCCGACAAGAACACGAACGGGGGCCCGGACCCGGACCAGGAGCCAAAGCAGCCCCCGUCGUCGUUGCCGCCGUACCGGGUCGUGCGGAGGGCGGCGGCCGACUGGAUCGCGGCCCACCGGGACGCGUACGAGGGCUUCCUGGAGGAAGGGAUUGAGCAGUACGUGGCGCGGAUCCGCGACACGGCCGAGUGGGGCGGCCAGCUCGAGCUCAGCGCCCUCGCCAACGCGUACGGCGUCGAGAUCCGGGUCGUGCAGGGCCAGGGCCGGGUGGAGGUCGUCAAGCCCGCCGAGGAGGAGGAGGAGGAACGGGAGGAGGAGGAGGAGUCCGGGGCGGGGGCGGGGGCGGCCCAGAAGGCGGGCAAGGGCAAGACCUUGUGGCUCGCCUACUACCGGCACGGGUACGGCCUGGGGGAGCAUUACAAUUCCCUGAGGAGAGUGGAGACGUAGGGAUCGCCGGCGAACAUGUCUGCUACUUAACCUACCUCGGCUGUUACGACGCCCAGGCUGCUCCGCUGCGGUAUGUCGAGGGGCCGACGAGGGGCCGGGCUGGUUUGCGAAGGGUAUCGGGGAGAGCCCACGCGGGGGGCCCGGGGGAGGAAGGGGGGAAGGG